AUGCACUUGAUGGCGGGCCCUGCAGGGGGCUGGCGUCUGGGGCUCUGGGGCCUCAGCUGCACCUCUCAAGGCCCGAAUGUGAUUCUCCUAACGGUGCUGAUCAUGAUGAGCUUGAUGUGUGGUAAGUGUGUUGCUGCCAACCAGGAUUUGAAGCUCCCCAAGUACCUGCGCUGCUAUCGCUGCCUCUUGGAAACCAAGGAGUUGGGGUGUCUUCUGGGAUCUGACAUCUGCCUCGCCGCAGUUGGCAGCAGCUGCGUCACUCUCCACAUAAGGAACAGCAGCGGUUCCGACGUGAUGGUGAGUGACUGCCGGAGUAAGGAGCAGCUGAGUGACUGUACACACACCCGCCCUUCUUCCGUUUUUGGCUUCUGGAUAUAUGCUCAAUGCUGCUUCCUGGAUUUCUGCAAUAACCCCCAAAACAGAGACAACUUCCCAUUCUUCAUCCCACCCGCCUGCCUCCCUCAAGUCACCGGACCCAGUCCUUGA